AUGAAAUUAGACAACGAUUUUUUGAAAAUCCAAACUUAUACAAACUAACUAUUUGAUUCACUUCCAGUUAUAAAAGAAUAUAAAAAUGAUAAAGAUCUUAUUACUCAACUAUAAUACUCAUGUGUAUGUUAUGGUAGAAAAUUAGUUUCAUUAUUUGAUAAAUAUACAAUACUCUAAAAGAAAUAGCAAGAAGGUUCAAAUUAAUUACUCAUUAAUUUGGCAUCUCUAUUAAAUGUAACACCAAAUGAGUAAACUAUCAUUAAUACACUUAAAUAAUAAAGCAAAGUUAAUGAGUAAUUGCAAUCUAAAAUUGAAUAUCUAAAAUAAUCUUAAUAAGAUGUUGUCUAUUAAAAAAUGUUACAACAUGAAUAAAAAUUAACUCAAGAAUUAUAAGAGGUAGCUGAUCGUCUCAUAAAAGAAUUGAAAUAAUCUAAAGAUGAUAAAUAAAUUUUGUUAGAUGAAUUAUAAAUGAAAGAGGAACAAUUGAAAUAAUAUUAAUAUCAAUAACAAAUACAAUAGUCAUCACUAUUAAAGUCUCCAACUAAAUAAUAAUAUAAUAGUGCUCAUAAAUAUUCAAGUGCUACUAAAUAUUCCAGUUCUAAUAAUAAAUAACCUCGUUUCCAAUAGUAAUUAAUUAAUACACUUCAAGCUUUAUCUUAAUAAACAAGGACAUUUCUAUCAUAAUAUGUUAAUUAAUAAGAAUCAACAUAUGAUUAUGAUUAAUUAAUGACUGAAGAUGCCCAAAUGUUAUCAUUAAAUAUUUCAAACAUAAUACGAGAUAUAACUCAACUCAUAUAACACAAAGAAGAGAUUGUUGAAAAUUUAAUUAAAGGACUUGAGAUAUAAUUGGAGUAAGUGAGAUUGGAAUAAUAAUAAAGUGAAUUACAAUAAACUGAUAAUAAAUAAUUGUAAUAUUAAUUACAAUAAUUAUAAAAUAUUGUUAAAAAAGCAAAAGAUACAAGAACUAAAGAAUUGGAUAGAGCAUUUAAUUCUGAAAUACCAGUAUUUAUAGUACCUGAUGAUUUGAUGGAUUCUGAAUUAUAAUUAACUAUUGAAAGACAUAAUUCUAAAGUUUAAUAAAGAUUGAAUGAUUUGGCAAUUUAAUUAAAAAAGAAAUCAACAUAAUUUGAAUAAAUAUAAUCAUAGAGCACUAAAAUUAAAAUUAUUUUAGAAGAAGGCUUAAAUAGAUUAAGUAUUAUAUUAAAUGAACUAUAAAAUAUGGCUGAUUCAAAGGAAGCAUUAAAAUUAUUGAAAUUUUGUAAAAAUGAAAUUGAUUCAAUAUAAAUAAAUUUGAAUGGAAUUGAUAUAGAAUAAUAAGUGUCUAUUGAUAUAAAGUAAUAGAGAUAGAAUUAAUUGUAAUAAUUGGAAUAAUUAAAGAAAUUCUAUUCAGAAUAAACAGAAAGAUUAAUUUAAGAAAAUGAAGAAUUAAAUGAGAAAUUGACAAAAGUUUAAUAAUUGACAUAAGGAUUACAUAAUGAUAAUGAGUAAUUGAUGCGUAAAUUAAAAUUAGCAUAAUAAGAAUAAAUGUAAUAAAAAGAGGAGAAAGAUAAUUUAAUAUAAGAAUUGGAAUUAACUAUCACUUAAUAAGAAUAGAAUAUAAAAUUAUUUGAAUAAUAAGAUAAAAAAUAGAGAUAAACAAUGGAAUAAAUAGAAAAAGAAUUAGAAAAUAAAAAAAGAGAAUAUUUAAAUUUAUAAUAAUCAAAAUAAUUGGAAUAAUAGGAUAUAAUAGAGAAAUUAAAUGAUAAGAAUUCUGUAUUGGAAUUUGAAAAUAAAACAUAUAAAUAAUAAUUGGAAGUUAUAGAAAAAGAUUUUUAGAAACUAAAAUCUUAACGUUAAACUUAAGAAUAAUUAUGUGAAUAAGAUAAAUAGAAUUUGAAAAAAUAAUUAGAUGAAAAGAAAAAAUAAUUAUUAUAAUUAUAAACAGAGAAUAAAAAAACACAUGAAGAGGCUGUAGCUUAAAUAGAAGAAUUAUAAGAUGAAUUAUCACAUUUAUCAAGUUAAUUAUAAUUAAGAGAGACUGAAAUUAAAUAAUUACAUAAGACUUUGAGUGAAUUAGAAGAUUUUUCAAGAAAAUAAAUUGAUGUUAUUAGAACAUAUGAAGAUAAAUUAACUGAGGUUCAUCAAAUAAAAAAACAAUUAGAAAAUAAUAAUGAAGGAAAUGAUUAAAUGUUGUCUCAAUUAUAACAUAAAUAUUAAUAAUUAUAACAAUCAUAUAAUUAAUCUAAACAUGAAAAUGAUAAGUAAAUUAUUGUUAUAAGUAUUUUAGAUUAUUAAAUGAUUUAAGUGUAUUAUAGAAAUAAUAUACAAAAUAAACUGAAAUAAUGGAGUAGGAAUUUAAGGAUAAGUUAAAUAAAUAAUCAGAGAUUAAUAAAAUUUUAAAGGAAGAAGCAAGAAAUUUAAAAGCUUAAUUGGAAUUAAAGAUUAAUUAAUUAAGAUAAUUGGAAUAAGAUUUGUAGGAUAAAAAUAAUGAUUUGGAGUAUAUUAAUUUAAUAUUAUUAGUAAAGCAUAAAAAAUAUGUAAACAAUUGAAUAUGUAAGUAAGUGAAUUCAGAUAGAAAAUCGAAUAUUUUGAAGAGUUUAAAUAAGAAGUACAUGUAUUUUAAAACAAAAAUAGAAUUUAGAGACUUCAGAAUAAUAUGCAAAGUAAUUAUAAAUGUUGCAGAAUGAAAACUUCUAGUUUAGAAAAGAAUUAGAGAGAUAACAAUAAUAGAAUACCUAACGUUAGAAGACAAAUAAUAUUUAAGAUUAAUAGAUGAAAGAGGAAAUAAAUAAUCUUAAAUAAGAAGUGAGAAAAAUGGAAUAAUUAUUAAAUUAAGAAAGAUAGAAUUAUGAAUAAGAAAUUAGAAAAUAUUAAUAUUAGAUAGAUGAAUAUACAAAAUUAGAUUUAUCAAUGAGAUAAAAGUCAGCAUAAUCUGGUGGAAGUGCUUUUUAUGAAAAUUUGAUAGAAGCAAAAGAUUUAGAAAUUGCUAGAUUGACAAAUAUAGUGAAAUCUUUAACAGAUCUAAGAAAAUGA